AUGGCAGCCCGUUUGCGACGAGCCGAGGAAGAGGAGCAGCAGCUGUGGGAGGAGCCGGCAUGCCCACCCACUCCGAGGUAUAUCGCCGAACCGUGGGUGCCGCCCCAGGAGGAGGCCGUCGUUCGGGCUGCCUCUCCGCCGGGCUGGCUGCCGGAGGUGCCGCGGAACGAGGGGUCGCCGACGAGACCACCCUCACCGGAAGGCGAGGCGCUCCUUCCCCGAUGGCCACCACCGCCGCAACCUGAUACGCCACCACCACCGACGAGGCGCGGCGGGGAAUCUCCCCGAUGGAGACCCGCGCAGCCACCCACGCCGAGGUUCGAACGGCCGCCGGCGGCAGAGUCGCACCUGCGCCGGACACGCCACAGUACCAACCCGGAGACCCGGCGUGAGGUGGCGGCAACAGACGGCUGUCUAGACGUGGCCGGAGGGCCCCGCGGAGAAGAAGCAACGUUGGAUGAGCUCCGGACCUGGGAGGAGACUGGACCUCGGGUGAGCCUGCUGGAUCCUAGGACCCGUGGCCGGCCGGACCUGUGGACCCCGCCGACACCGAGUACGCGACCAUCGACGCCAGGUACUGGGCCAACGACACCGGCAGGGACACGAAACGCGGCGGAGCCUCAGGAGCGGGGGCCGUGGAAAUGGCCGGAACCGACGGGAGGUGGAAGGCCAAGUUUGAAGCGGCAACAUUCGGCGCCCGUGGUGUCCGAAUCGGCGGCGCGUCCUUAG